CCACCUGCAGGAGUGUAUCUAUUGUUUGAUGGGAGCGUUAGAACGCUCGUGAAGUGACGUGCCACCGAACGCACUUCGGUGUCAUGGCGUCCUCCUGUUCGCAAGCUCUCAGGCAUCAUGUAUGUAAGAGCAGCAGAAUACUGCGCGUUCACCUGCAGAAGGCAUGGCCUAAUAGGAGUUUUGUUCUGAAUUCUGCUGCAGAUCAACAGCCUGCAGUUUCUUCACCAGAAGAAAUAGUGAUUCCAAAGAAGAAAACAUGGAGUAAAGAGGCUGUCUUACAGGCACUGGCAUCCACUGUGAACAGGGAUCCUACAGCCUCAGAUUACAGAUUCCAGGAUGAUCCAUAUCUCACUCCAAAAACAUCAUCAGAGUUUAAAUUAUUUUCCUUGUCCCAGGAAUCGGGCAGAAAUGCUGCCAAGUAUUUCAUCAGUACAUACCCGAAAUACUUCCAGAAAGACUACGCUCAGCCUCAUAUUCCUUGUCUAAUGCCGGAAACUCUUGAGGCUCAGAUAGAGGAGGUGUCUGAAGCUGCUCUCAUAGAGAGAAUUCAGAUGAGGAAAGUCAAAGCUGCUGUGGAUCUGUACGACCAACUGCAGCAGGCCGGUACACCAGUGUCAUUGGAUGUGACCAAUCAGUUGUUAGAUCUGAUUUGUUUCUAUGGAGAUUGUGAUCCCGCACAAGAGAAUGUUCCAGAACAGAGGAAUGAGGAGACGGAGGAUGUCCAGGAUGAACCGCAGACUAAAAAACAAAAUACACUGUCACAUAAUAAGAGGUCGCCUUGUCUUGUUUUCUCCUUUAGAGAGAAUAAUAAUGCAGAGAGGAUCUUUGCGCUGCUGUCAGAGCCAAACACACAUUCAUACAGCGCUCUGAUACGAGGCAUGGUGAAGUAUGGUGCUUAUUCUAAAGCGUUCAGCACCUACACUGACCUGCUCAACAACCAGCUGAAAGCCGACGUGAGCACCUUCAAUGCCCUGAUCACCGCCGCCCCGGAAGUAAAAGAGAAAUACAAUGAGAAGUGGGAGCUGAUAGUGGAUCUUUUGAAGCAGAUGGCAGAGCAGAAGGUCAAGCCGAACCUCUUGACGCUGAACGCUGUCCUGAAGGCUUUGAGACGCUGUGGCACUGUGGGAAAAUCGCAGGCCUUUCCUGUGAUCAGUGAGAUGAGGGCUCUCUCCAUCGAUCCUAGUCUGGCCUCUUACAAUCACUUGCUCAGCAUAUUUUAUAAACCAGGUGCCCCAUUUCAAGGCCAAACAGACAUUCUGCAGGAAGUGAUGAACGAGGUGUCAGGGAAGAGCUUCACUCCACAGGACCCUGAUGAUGCACAGUUCUUCAUUACUGCUGUGAGAAUAUGUCUUGACACUAAGGACAUUGAGCAGGCGUACAGGGUCCACGAGCUGCUGGGGGUUGGAGAGAACUGGAGACUUCUGGGAAAUGAUUUCCAACAGAACAUUUACCAUGCGCGGUUCUUCAGUCUGCUCUGUAUGAUGGAGAACAUUGAUGUGGUGCUGAAGUGGUACAGAGAUCUGGUUCCUUCAGUGUACUACCCCAGUUCUAACGUCAUGAGAGAUCUGCUCCAAGUGCUUGAUACGGACAACAGAUUAGACCUCAUCCCGCAAAUAUGGAAAGAUCUCAAACAGUUGGGGCAUGGCAACAGGCAGACGCUGGUGGAAGAGCUGCUGACACUUAUGGCAAGAGAGAAACAAAAUCAGGAGGUGCAGGAGACGUUUGCGGAGUGUGCACUGGACAUCAAGAAAAUGUAUGACACAGGUGACCGGGGCAAGGUUAUGAUGAGCUGGACGGCCGGUUCUCUCAGCGACCUGGUCUCUGUUUUACUCGCAGCUCAGAGGAGACAGGACGCCUGGGAAAUACUGAAACUCUUCAAAACACACAACAGAGUUCCAAGUGAGGAGCUGCUGGAUAAGUUCUUGACGUGUAUAAAGGAGAGUGGCGAUGUGAAUCAGGCGCUGGAGCUGGUGCAGAUCUCAGCUGGCUUCUGUUUGCCCGGGACCCCAAAACUCAUCCAGCGGGUCCAGCAGGAGUUUCUGCUCUCAGAGCAGCAGAAGAGCAUGUUGUCUGAUCUGGAGAUUCAGACAUUUAACAGCGAUUAAGUCUCGAGGCUGAGAGACGUUCUGCAGCGUGGAUGGAUCAUAGCAGCUAAAUAUCUGGAGAAAUGUCAAUGUGGUCAUUAAUAAUUGUGCACUUAAACAUGUAUGUUACAUGCACAGAUUUCAGUCUUCAUUCCGAAAAAAAAAAAUGUUUCUUCCCAUUUCCAUUUCUGGACUGGUACUUCAGGACAGUUU